AGGUGUAUAAAAAUGGGAGCAGACCUGAAGGCAAGAAAGGCAAAAACACCAAGAGAGACAGGAGCACCGGAGUGGAAAUACAGCAUCUUGCUCGAGAUCGUAGCUUUGGACAGCACUGCAGAAACUGCCAAAAGCGGACAACUUUAUAAAGCACAUGUAAGAUUUCACAUCAUCUUUGAUUUCUUCUUUUAUUUUGAGUGUGUGUAUUCAGUGAUCUCUCUCGUUGGUCUUUGUGAACUUGUGUUUCUGUUUUCUUUGAGUUCAGUAGGAUAAAUUUGGAUAAAUCUCUCGGAAUGCAUGCCGAACUUUUACAUCGAACAAAUAGGUUCUCCAACAUUAGCAUUGAAACUUUAGACUUUAUUUGUGGUGGUGGCAUCAGAAUCGCAGCCUGUCUGUAGUCAAAUGCAUGCUUGGUUAUGGUUCGUGUCCGCAAUACGCACAUUUACGCACUGGAUUUCACAGCUCUCCCUCAUCAGAAUUCCCCACCAAACGGGAGAUAAGGCAACGAUUGAAAUCCUGGACUUCGUAUUCGUUUGUUUUUUUCAACUUUAGAACAUUUUCACAAUUUUAUAAACUAUUUUAUAAAGUAAAUUGACUUAAUUUGAUGGUGAUUCAAACACCAGAACGUUUACAAGGUGAGAACUAUCUCCACAUAUCGCACUUUAAAACAGAAUUCCGAUGUCUUUUAGACUAGUAGUCUUGGAUGAGACGAGAUGGGUUUUCUUAGGCAGUCGUGCGUAAUUACGCACCAAUUCUUGCUUCUUCGUGCCACUCUUUUUUUGACAAUAUUCACAAUUACGUGACUGUUCUAUUCAAGAUCCAUGAUCAAAUGGUCCUCGCUGACAAAAUAUCUCUCCUAUUUCAACAGUUCUUACUAUUUCUUCAACUUUUUCAUGGCAUCUUCGCUACUCUACUGUUGCGCAUAAAUUAUCCAAAGGAAACGUAAAGUGCUAUAAAUCAGAAUGCAUUCUAUUUCGACAGAAAAGCUGGUAUGAAUUAUCCUGAAUGCGUUUUGUAUUCGUGUCAUAGAUGUAAUAACCUCUUUCAACAUCAAUUUUCAUCCUCAGGUGUAAAGCAAUGUUACAACGAACCGGACCCCAGCUGAUUUUCCUAAUAGCCCUGUGCAGUGUGUUUUAUUCCCGGACUCUGAGUCUGCCAUACACAUCCAUGAGGUAAGGGACUUGCUCUUCUCCCCAAUUAAAGCUUGUAGAGAAUGGAAAGUCCAGCAUUGUCAUUGUGUAUGUGCAUUUGGACUGAGUUUUACUUUUUAGCUCUGUUCAGGUUUCCUCACCCUAACACCAGAUGAGACACGUGAACAUUUAACAUUUGUUGUCAUUAAAAUGUUCGAAAAUGGAAAAAUGUCCGUAAUUUUUGCCAGGUUUUGGUUCACAUGAUGCCAAAUCUGAACCACGUAGACAUACUAGAAAUAUAAAAUAGGCACCUUUACCUAGCUUUAUUUAUGUAACCAGAAAUUUGUUGUUGUGCAUUUAACUCUCCUUGGCAUCAUCCAAACUGUCCGUAUACCGGAUUACUUGUAACAUAAUCAGGUUAAAUUUAUGACUAUAACAGGUUUUUCUCGUGUUUCUAUUCAUGUGAAAAUAAAUAAUUUUGAUGGUUAAUGUACUGGGGAUCCCUCCUUGCGUUUUUUUCGCAACUCUUGAAGAGAAUGAACUGUCUGUUGUUGACCGUCAGUGGUAUCAUUUCAACCAAUGCGCAGUCAGAAUGGAGACUUUUGCGCAAUGUUGAUGCUUAUGUUGCGUUAUUUUGAUUUUUAUUGUAUCACUACUGACCAGCUGUUAAUUAGCAUCUACUGUGACUCUGUGCAGACCGUCAAGACACGCAGACGGUCUCUUCACCAGCGGAUAUAGCAAACUACUCGGACAGCUCUCAGCGCGAAGGUACCUGGAGUCUCUGAUCGGAAAACGGGUUAGGUAGGUGAUCUCCUACCUGACAAACCUUAUUCGUGUUACCCCUGAGUAUUUUUAUAUCUGUCUAAGCUUGUCUUAAACACCAUGUCCUAUACUGGAAUCAGAAAACAACCCCAAAGUUCCUCAGUCUUUUCUGUAUUUAGACACUAAUAGCAAAUGCUAUAUAGAUAUGCGUAAACAUGAUCUUUUUCUUUUAAAAAAUUGUUUCAGAAUAUAUUAAUGCAGAUUUUGUUGAAAGACAAGACACGAAAAUAAGCUUAGAACGAGUACUAUGCUUUUCUUCAGAACCAAAAUCCACAGUAGCAGAACCCAAAGUCGUCAGAGAAUAGAGCUAGUUUAAAUGUAGGACAGUCAUUCUGUGUCUAAUGUGGGAUAAUUUCACUUUAAAUUUUAAAACUCCAUGUGUGUUGCCUGAGGGGAAAUAUCAGAGCCUUAGGUGCUCAAAUAUCUGGGAAUAAAGACAAUAAAAAACAAAGAAAUUGAAUUUUUUGGACCUUUUAACCUCAAAGUGUGUAAUAGUUACCAGAGUUAUGAUUUGAUUAUUAAAUUUAGUCUGUUUUAAUUCUCAUCAAAAUGCAAGAUUCAGAUAAAAUCAAUUAAGCUCCAUCAAAACAAACACCAGAAGUUUAUUCUACUCCCAAAAUUUUAUCACAGUCUAAACCCCUUAGAUCAUAAAAUCAAGGUUCAAGGAAUCAAGGAAACUACAUUAUGAAGUAUUUCCAAAUGACCAUCCUUUCAAUAUUUUGACAUGUUCCCAUUUAACUAUUGAAUGACUAUACAUCAAGUUCUUUAUUGUGGAGAUAUUUAUGUCUUUAGUUGAACACCAAAGAAGCUGACAUUUGCAGGAUGAUGCAUUUUGUAAAAUGACUAAACAUUUUUAAAGGUUAAUUUCUGUCAUAUCCUGCUUAGCACAUCAUGGUAAAACAGCCCGGAGGAAUCAACUCACAACUCACACACAAAGAGAAGAAAGACUCAAUGAAUCAUAGAUCCUGAGCUGCUCUGAUAUUGACAUCAGAACCUACUCUCACCUGUGAUGAAACCCUCACUUAUCUCCAUGUUGUUUUUAUUUCUGCUCUCAUCUCUAGUGACGAGCUUAUGGAUGAGCCGGUGAAGCGCCACUCAGACGCCAUCUUUACAGAUAACUACAGCCGCUUCCGCAAACAGAUGGCCGUUAAGAAGUACCUCAACUCAGUCUUAACAGGAAAGAGGAGGUAGUUAGUGGUUAUUACUUCCUUCACGUUUUCUCUCUCUGACUGACACAAUAACCCUCACCCCUCCACAUCCAGAUCCACAUACGCACGUACAUCUGUUUGCACACAUACACACACCAAAAGGUAUUAGAAUCCAUAUAGCCAGCCAACUCUUCUGGCAUCAUUUGGAACCAAAAACAAUCUUUAUAAUGUCACAGCAUUUUGGUGAAAUUGGCGUCAUAUUGGCAUCCGCCUUAACAAGGCCAAAAUCACCAUUAUCUUAAGACAUUUUACAGCAUGUUAAAUCUAAGACUGACAAGUGUUUCAUAUAAAUUCUCUUAUGAUGUGUUGACAAAUGCAGUUUUCAUAAUACUGACUUGAAUGUUUACCUUAACAAUAAAUGGUUUUUCAUUUGUUAGUCUUAUUGGUAAUGCUUUCUUUUACAGUACACUUAUUACAAGGUAAUUACCUGGUAACAACAUAAAAUUAUCUGGUAAUUACAUGAUAACUACUAAGUCAAUACCAUCUAACUACCAGGUAGGUAACCUUCCAUCAUCAAACAAAUUUGAAGCCAAAUUGCUCUGGUAUUUCCAGGAUUUUCUACGCUUCCUGGGACCAUCACUUGCCCAGUAGCAUUGUACUCAUUCGGCGGGUGAGUCGCUGUGAUAAUGCUCGGCCCAAACAGCGUAUUGCUACGCAAUUUUCACACGCCCAUAGGCUGUAUCAAGUGUCAAUCAUAGACAAUAAGAACCCCAAAUAGCUUUUGAAAAUGGAGCUGCACAGAAAAAAAGAAAAAAAGAAAAAACUAGACAGUAUUGACUUAGUAGUUAUCAUGUAAUUACCAGAUAAUUCCAUGUUGUUACUAGGUAAUUACCUGUUAAUUACCCGGUAAUAAGUGAACCGUAAAAGAAGGCGUUACCGUAUUAUUACACAGAAAGAAUCUAAAAUGUGAUAGCUGCAUUAUAUAUCCGCCAUCCUGCUCUCUUGUCAUCAGUAUCAGCAUCGGCUGCUGAAAUUCAAAGCUUUAGUUUCCAAUCUUAUUCCUUUUUUAUUUCUUAAGAUUGUGUCUCUGGGUUCUGUUUUAUUGAAUAUGACAACAACAUAGGCAGGAAAUAUGGAAAGAGAGAGUAAAGAAGGGAUGCCCCAAAUAGUCUAAGGUCAGUGUCAAACAAAUGAGUCGCAUGUUGGGGACUUUGCUUCUGUGACAAACCAGCCCCCUCUAAGUGAUAUUCAUUUCUGAACAUCACUUAAAGGACACAGGGGAAGUUUAAAACUUGAGAUUUCAGGAACAGAUGCUGGUUUAUUUCAGUGGUCUUGCAGUGCACCCCAUGCACACUAAAAAAGAGGCAAAAUGAUAAAAUAAUCUUAAUGUUAGCGAAGAAAUGUUAAACAUGAUAAAUUGUUAAAACAGGGGCAUCUCUUUUUUCCCAUGCUUUUCCUUCCAUUUGUUAUCCAUUCUGUCUUCUCUGAUAGAGCAACACAAAUUUUAGCACUCUGGAAUGCAAUCCAAGUUUGUUGACCCUAUACCCUCUCCCAAAACAAACAGCCUAGAAGAUCCUGUACCCAGUGACUCAGAAGACUCCAUGGAUGAACCCAACGCCUUCCAGGAUAGCUACAGCGACAUAAACGUAGAUCACCUCCUAAACAACUUUCAACUGGUAAGAACAAACAUACACAAACACAUACACAAAAAUGUUUGUAGUCCUAUACAACAUAAUCACCUUCCUAGCUGAGUAUAAUUAAUCUCUUAACCCUAAGGCACAUUGAAGGAAAGACAGCCCAAACAUACUAUGACGUCUAUUAUAUGCAGUGGUGAAAAGCAUACACUCUUACAUACCACUUUCACCACAAAACAGUGUAUUAGUAAAUAAAUGGAAGUUAAGAGGCAGAAACAAUAAUGAGAAAAAAUGUAGACCGUUGCAUUUACAGUUGUCGAUUAUUCUGUAUCAGUAACCCACAUCUCUGUGUAUCCCACUCUUGUCCUCUGCAGCCACUUUGAGGAGGGGUCCCGCUCGAGUGUAUGCCUCAAGUCAUCCUCAUGCAACUGUCCACUCCAAAAACAACGCAGUAUUAAUCCAAAGGACAUCUGAAAGUCAAGCCAACCUGAUGAUGUGUUCUUUAUCAGUUCAUACACACUGUUCAUGUUUACACUGUAUGUAUAUACAGGAUAUAUACACAACACUUAAAAGACUCUAGCCCAAAAAUUCUUGGGACCAGUCCAAGCAACAUGUGUGUCCACAUGCGCUUAGCUAAGUAAGUGAAAGAUAUGACAACAGGCAACAGUAAAUAUACAAAGAAAGCGGUUUACUUCUUUCUGUCAUCUCUGUUGUCUGUCAAUCAAUGGAACAAUUUCUCUCCUAAUAAUUUUGAAGAAAAAAGAAAACAAUAAAAUUCAAGUCUGACUUGUCACUACAAUUUUCAGUGCAAUAUUUGAACCAUUGAACAUUAAUAAGACAGCAUUUAAUGAUUCAGAAAGGAUACCUUUACCAUUUACUGUCAGUGAUGAAGAACAUUGGCUUUCUCCAUUAAAUUCUAUGACCCAUUGUCACUUUUCCUUGAAAGAGACCAAUUGUUUUUCAACUCACUUAAACCUUUAAAUAAGUUUGAUCUCACACUGACUUACUUUCUCCAGUCAGAAGUUCCAUUAAAUCUGAGUGAAAUGUAUCUCAUCAUAACUUCCAGGCAAACAUCCACACACUUUUAACAAUAAAUGAGUGUUUUUAUUCAUUCAAUUGAGUCUUUAUAUUACCCCUUUAGCUUUAAGUGAAAAAUUGUCAAGGUAAAUUUUACAUGAUUAAAAUGGAACAGAUAAUUAUCAUCAUGUGCUGAUAAAAAUAAGGAGAAAGAGAAAGAGGAACACAUUUUGAAUGGACCAGAUGCAUAUAAUCACUUUAUACUACUCAACAUGUAGAGCAAAGAUGUUAUACCUGAGCAUAGACCUGCCUUUAGUGCAUACAGUGAUGUACACCAAUCACCAAAUAAAAGAUAUUGGUUUAUUUUUCAAAGCUGAGUCUUUUGUCUGGCUGAUUGUUUAAUGGUUGACGUUUUGGGGUGAAGGUUUGAGCAGUUUUGGGUGUAGAAUUGAAUUUUGCUGGUGGCUCAUGUUUUCAGGCAGAAGAGAAAAUCCAGAGCUAAACAGACUCAUCAAAUAAAGAGGUUAUUUCCAAUUAACAGGAAAGCAAUGGUUCACUCAUAUGUAAAUGGAAGUGGUAAGUUGGCAUAUGUAUCAUAAGUACUGGGUUGCAAGUGACCUUCAUUUCCUCCUCAUAUAUGUCAUGAAGAACAUUGGAACCACACACCAAGUUUGACUAAGUUUCUUUUAAAUGUCUCCUUCUUUUCAUACUUCUAAAACAGUCACGCCACCAUCUUUCUAGCUGUUACAGUACUGGACAGAGCAUGUGUCAGAUCUCCUUGGAAGUACAUUAAUUCAUGUUACUCCCUCGCCCAUACCUACAAGGAUAAAUGGAUAGCCUUAUCUGAGAAAAAUGGUAUCUUCUUCAGCAUAAUAUAAUGUUUAUUUUUUUAAAUUAUUUUUUAUUUCUUUUUUCUUUUUUACAAAAAAAAGGAACGUGUUCGCAGUAUUUGUUUUCCUUCCUUAUUACAUCUCAGUUGCAAUUCUCGACUGUUUCCUAUCAGAGAAAACAGUUUUCUGAGCUGUGUCUGUUUUUAACUUGCCUCUUCCAAAAUACUGUGGGAAAGAACUCAUAAAGUUGAAAAGACAAGGAAGAAAUGGUCAGUAUGAGAAUGCAACAGAGCUGCUGUAUGAGGUGUAGAAUUCAGCACCAUGGACAGCGUCAACUCGUGAUCAGAUGGAAAUAGCCUAGUUUAAGGUAAGAUUUAACCAAGUCUUAAGUAGUUGAAGAAGAAUUAUUAGGUUUAUCUGAUACAUUGUGAUAACAAUUAAUAAAGAAUACUUGUGAAACAGUCAAAAA